AUGGUGGAUCUUAUUCCGUGCUUCGAUCAUUUGAGGCAGGCAAUCCGAUAUGUCUCUGAAGAACCGACCGCUGGGCCAGAGAUCGUUGACGGUCUUCGGAAAAUGCUUCAAUUUCGACAAGAUAAUUGGCAACAACGACUUCUGGAAGCCGAAGCCCAAUUACACGAAGCCCGCGAACAGCUAGCACGGUUGGAACAACCGGCCGAACAUGAUGAGCUCAAAGAGAUUGCCAACUCGCUUAAUGAAAUUGUCAUGAAGAUUGAUCCAGAUCACUCUCAUGAACCGACGAAGCCUGCUUUAAACGACGUACUAUCAACAGUGAGCCAGCUUAAAACUCAAAUUGAGGAGAAACUAGCUCUAGCAGAAGCCGAGCAUGCUCGGCUCGAGCUGGAGAGACAGCUGCGGCCUCUGCUCGAAAACCUUGAGGCUCAGUUUGAUGCUCUGGAUCGAUUGUUUUUGAAUGAGCAUGAAGAUUUUGAUAUUGUCCAGUUAUUCAAAAGCAUGGGUGUACGCAUAAAAACCAAUGAAUCUGGCGACAAUGAAAUUGUCAUCCACAAUCGAGUCGCCAAUAUUCUGAGCGUGUUGACGGUACCAUCAGGUAUCAAUGACUAUUCAGUGACAAAUGCACUAUGGGAUCGCAUUGUUGGUUCAGAUUAA